AUGAUCAUAGCAGUUAAGGCAGAAACUAAGUUCAAAGAAACAAAUAAGAAGGAGAGCAAAUUAGAGAUAGACCCGAGUGCAACUACUGUCAAUUGGACUCCACCUCCUCAGGGGUUUUACAAAGUAAACUGGGAUACAACUUUGUGUCGGGAAAACAGUAAGAUUGGCAGUGGGAUUAUUGUGAGAGAUUAUAGAGGUCAUGUCAUUGCUACGCAGAAGACGAAUGAGAGUUUUGCCCAAAACUCUCAUACGGCUGAAUCAUUUGGGACUUAUCAAGCAAUACAGUUUGCUUUAGACUUUGGUAUUAGGAAGAUUAUUCUUGAGAGUGAUGCCUUAAAUCUUAUUAAUUACAUUAAUUAG